UUACUUUGUAGUGGUGGAGCACUCGCUGUUGACAUUUGGAGGGUGACUCUUGUAAGUUGUGUGGUCAGUGAUGGCUACGGCCGACGCCGAUGUCUUUCCUGACAACUUUACUGCCGAUAAAGCUAAAGCGGCAUUGAGAGAAAUUUUGGCUGCUCUUACUGGAGGUGAAGUUGUAGAAGCUUUAGAAGCAGCACGAGAAGCUGCCGGCAAUGACAUGGUGGCACUUAUGACUAGAGUAUUUCCACUUGUAACUCAGGUCACUACAAAAGUUAUCAGCAACUAUGGCUUCACUCAAGAUGGAGUUGGAGCAAUCCAGUUUGAACAUGUGAUGAAAAAUCUUGGUCAGGAUGACGCAGAAGUUGCAAGACUUCAUGCACAAGUUCGAUCAUAUUUUCUACCAGCUGUUGUCAUACCGCCAUCCGGUCAUCCUUAGUAACACACAUAUUUUAGGACUUCAUCAAUUUAUUUAGCUAUCAUUGUUUUAAGGAGGAAAUAAUUCUAUUAACUUGCCUUGUGAUUUGAACUACAUGUACAGUACGGUUGAUAAGCUGAUACUGGUAGGAAUGGAUAGGUGGACAAAAGGUUGUUACUAGGACAUUAAGAGUACAAUAUCUCUACUUUGUUCUACAAUGUUUGUUGACUUAGUAAUGCAAAUAAAUAUUAGUUUAGGCUUGUAAAGAGGAAUAAUGUUUUUCAAAGUAAUAGGCAAUAAAUAUGUUGACCAAACCACACUAGAAAUUGAAGAGACGACGACGUUUCAGUCGUUGGACUUGAGGAACACAAAAAUGUUAAGUCUGCAAACUCUUCUGUCAUGUUAGGGAUUCUAAUCAUCCUAUCGAUUGGUUUUCCUCUAAAAUAAUCUUUUCUGCCUCUACUCUUCACAGAUGCCGUCUUCUCGAAUCGACUCUGAUACACAACCUUCCCAACAUGAACCAGAGUCCAGGCUUUGUUGCUGUUGACUCUUCCCUUUCACAGUACAUACUCAAAUGUUCUAAAAUUUCUAAUAAGCCUGCCCUUCCUUUUAUCUUUUUCUUUUUUCUUAUGAUCCCUUUCUUAUUUCUAUUACACCUUACCUUCCAUACCUUUUGCCUUGCUCUUAUCAUCCUCUAAGAUUUCCUCUCCUCACCUCUCUCUCGCCUACUUAAUGCCCUUGCCUUCCUCAUCUCAUCAAUCAACUUGAUAAUGGUCCAAGACGGACAGAAACGUCGUCGUCUCUUCAAUUUCUACUGUGUGGUUUGGUCAACAUUUUUCAGCCAUGUUAUUGUGACUCGCCAUCUGCAGGCAAUAAAUACAUCAUGCAUCUUUAAUUUUAUUGAAGUUUUGUGAAUAAUCAAUUUCAUUAAAGUUACAAUUCCCUCAGCUUAAUCAUUUAGAGUUUAUUAGACAUUUCCUUAUUAAUAACAAUUACAAUAUCUGUAUACAGUACUUUACUCAUAGGAAAAACUGAAUGAAUGCUGAACUGCACAAAUGAGGAUCUUAAAUGUAUAGUACUCGGAAGUUCAUAGAUGAGCUUUAUUUUUAAGGAUGACUGACUGGAGAUGUAAAACCUUUGUAUUGUAUAGUGUUUACCUUGGAUUUUGUUAAUAAAUAUAUAUGAGGUAUA